UGUCCAACAGUCGACUAUUCUAACGCAGUUUGGAGCUGGUACUUUACGUGCCAAUCAACAGCCUUGCUCCUCCACCCCUCGUCACACGUCUUUCUCUGCCGCUUCCAAGUUGGUGGUCGUUACCGACCAUAUAGUAAAUACAUUAUUAGCGUCGAGGUAUCUAUUAAAACUAUGUGCAAAUAAACAAAGUUUUUCUAACUACAUUGAUUUUGUCCAAGCAGACUCGCAGCUUCAAUGCGAAACAGAAGAAUUGUUAAUGCACUUAUGAACAAAUCUAGUGAAAACUAUAUCAAAUAUGCUCUACAUUUGUAAUUAUUAAAGAAUAAACAUUCCUCAUUGUUGUUAAGAUUAAAUAAAGAAGAUUUGUACAGUUACUGCAUAAAAAUUUGCUUUGAAGUUAUAAAAUGGUAGCAACUAGACAACAAUGUAGUGGAAGUUCUAGUUCUGGUACAAAUAGUAAGCUAACUGUAUUACCUAAACCAGAAAAAAAUAUUUUGGUUGGUAAUGUGAUUACUUGUGCACCUUACAACUCAAAUCAAUCAAGUCAAGUGAAUUUAUUAGAUCUACCCUAUGAAGUGCUUGAAAAAAUAUUGUCUUAUACAUCUUUUAAACAAAUAUCUCAACUUAGAGCAGUAUCUCGUCAACUCAAUGUAAUAUGUAGUACCAUACUAAAUUCAACUUUUCAGCGGUUACAAAAUCAAAUGUUACAUCGAUUUCAAAUUAUUAAAGCUAAAAUGCCACGGCGUGAAUCUGCUAGACGACAACAUCCUUUAGCUUGUGAAUCUGAUAUUGUUGAAACUCUUCACAUGAGAUUACUAUUAUUGCGUAUGGCAUUUGGAAAACAUAUUGAAAGAAAACAUAUAUGUUUUUUUGCAGGAGAGAUAUUGGAUGAAGUCUAUAAAAUUUUACAUUAUAUCAAAGUAACUAAAAGUUUAGCAAGACCAUAUAAAGUAACUGAUGAGUUAUUUGAUUUGUCUACUAUGGCUAUGGAAUAUUUUCGGGAAAGGAUUGAACCUACUCUUCCUGAAAUCAGACUUUUUGCAAAUGAUUAUCAUGAGUUCCCAUCCCCUCUAGGACCUUCCAAUAAUAGAACUUUUACAAGUAUGUGUCUUAGGAAACGUAGCUUAAUGAUAAGAGAAGGAUCAGUUUCAAGUCUUGAAAGUAAACGAGCCUCAUCUGAAAGUCCUCAGUGUGGUGGGUCAAUGCUAAGAAAAAAUGUUUGUAAAAUUAAACAAGGAAUUAAAACCUCGCAAAACUGUCAUUUAGAAAGAGACUUUUUUGAUUUACGAAAGCAACUACGCAAAUCUACAACUCAUGUUGGUAAUUUACAACGGGAAUUAAAACAGUGUAAAUCACAAAUAGCUGAUCAACACAAAACAUUGAUUGAAUAUUCAAAUAGAAUGGAUGAAUAUGACAAGAAAAAUGAAGAAACUAAUAGGAAAUUUAGUACAUUGUUGCAAGAACUUAAUAAAUGUAAAACUGAAAUACAAUAUUUACAAUCUGCAUCAUCUUCAUCUACAUUGUCAGUAUGUUCAUCAUGUAAUAAUACAUCAAGUAAUUUAUCAUUAGCUAUGGGUCCACCAAUAUUGAAUUCUACUGUUAACUCAGUGCGAACAAGAUUGCAUAACCAAGGCGAACAAUCAUAUCAAGAUACAGUUGAAGAGCCAUUAUUACAAGUUGAACCAUCAUCUGUUGAGGAAUCAAAGAGUGCUGACGAACAAGAACCAUCAACUAGUACUGGUUUGAAACGAAAAAUGGAAGUUUCUGUACCCAAAGUUACUAAACGUGUUAGGACAAUAGUAAAAAAAGUACGAAAUACAAAUAGUAUAAGCUAAACAUCAACUUAAUUGAAUAAUGUUUAAUAAAUUUUGUUAAACCGAAACAAUCUUUUACAUUCAUAGACGUAAUGAAAUGUCCAGUUAA